ACCGUUGGAGGGAGGUGUACAGUCACCGUCAUCGUCUGUCCGGUUUCUCCGUGCUCCUAGUGACCGGCAGGAUAAAGGUUCCUACAAUAAAAGAUCUGCUCAGUGGAUAUCUUCUAUAUAGGAUCAUUCUCCUGAUUGACCCAUCAAGGAUGAAUAGUGAUAGGGUCAAGAUAGCAGAGACUAUAUUAAAUCUUACCCUGGAGAUACUAUAUCGCUUUACUGGAGAGGAAUACACUGUAGUGAAGAAGUCCUCGAGUGAGCACAGUCAGGACCCUGUGUCUGAAGGAUGGGGAAUAAUCCUGAGCCCAAUCACAGGGCCUCCACUUCACCCCCUAAUAAAUGAGGAAAUCAAUAAAGCGAAUAUCCUAGAACUCGCCAACAAGAUGAUUGAGCUGCUGACUGGAGAGGUUCCUAUAAGGUGCCAUGGAGUCUAUUUCUCCAUGGAAGAGUCAAAAUGUUUAGAAGGAAACAAAGAUCUGUACAAGGACCUCAUGAUGGAGGAUCACCGGCCUCUCACAUCAUCAGUUAGAUCCGGUAAGAUAAAAACACAGGAGAGGCGACACAGUCCUCUUGUUCUACAGCAUGGUUCAGAAGAACAUCACAAUGUCCCACAGGAUGAUCAGCUUGUGAAUCCAGGUGAAGAUCUGAACAAUAUUAAUCCUACCGAGACAUAUGUGAGGGACGAUGAGCAGAGCUUAGAGGACAUUCCUACAGAUAACUGCCUAGAUGACUGUACCAGGAACUUAGAGAAACAUCUUAUAUCUUCAGAUUUUGAAGUAUCUGAUCAUGGUAUCACACGAGAUACAUAUGAAGAACAUACCAAGAUCCAAGACAUACCUUCAUCCAUUCACAGCAAAAAUGUAUUACUUGAUCCCUUCAAACAGGUCCAAUCUUCUGAUUCAUCACAGACUGUAGCACAAAAUAAAAGUCACAGAAGAGGUGUUAAACAUCAAACAGCUCACAUAAAAAAGGAGCCAUUUUCAUGUUCAGAUUGUGGGAAAUGUUUUAACCAGAAAUCAGAUCUUAUUAGACAUCAAAGAAUUCAUACAGAGGUGACGCCCUUUUCAUGUUCAGAAUGUGGGAAAUGUUUUAACCAGAAAUCAAAUCUUAUUAGACAUCAGAGAAUUCACACAGGGGAGAUGCCAUUUUGUUGUUCAGAAUGUGGGAAAUGUUUUAAGCAUAAAUCGAAUCUGGUUGUACAUCAGAGAAUUCACACAGGGGUGAAGCCAUAUUCAUGUUCAGAAUGUAGAAAAUGUUUUAGAUAUAAAUCAGAACUUGUCACACAUGAGAAAAUUCACACAGGGAAGAAGCCAUUUUCAUGUUCAGAAUGCGGGAAAUGUUUUAACCAGAUAUCACAUCUUGUUAUCCAUCAGAGAAUUCACACAGGGGAGAAGCCAUUUUCAUGUUCAGAAUGCGGGAAAUGUUUUAACCAGAUAUCACAUCUUGUUAUCCAUCAGAGAAUUCACACAGGGGAGAAGCCAUUUUCAUGUUCAGAAUGCGGGAAAUGUUUUAACCAGAUAUCACAUCUUGUUAUCCAUCAGAGAAAUCACACAGGGCAGAAGCCAUUUUCAUGUUCAGAAUGCGGGAAAUGUUUUAACCAGAUAUCACAUCUUGUUAUCCAUCAGAGAAUUCACACUGGAGAGAAGCCAUUUUCAUGUUCAGAAUGCGGGAAAUGUUUUAACCAGAAAUCAGAUCUUAUUAGACAUCAGAGAAAUCACACAGGGGAAAAGCCAUUUUUAUGUUCAGAAUGUGGGAAUUGUUUUAAGAAGAAGUCCACUCUGGUUGUACAUGAGAGAAUUCACACAGGGGAGAAGCCCUUUUUAUGUUCAGAAUGUGGGAAAUGGUUUAGGAAUACAUCAGCCCUGGUUAAACAUAAAAAAACUCACAAAUAAGAGAAGACAUCUUCAUGUUUAGCUUUUUAGUGACCACCCUUACGUGUUUUUAUGGUGGUCACUAACUGGCUUUAUUCCAAAACAUACUCCUUUUUACAGGGAGGUAAAAUAUCACCUUGCUUUCAGCUACCAGGGGUAGCUAAGGGUUUGGAGCAAUGAUCAGGGCCACUGUAAAGGUCCCCAAACACACAUGGUCUCCUGUAUUGAAUAAAUAACGAUCAACUG